AUGAAGUUUUCCAUUCUGACGGGGUGUGAGGAAGUUAAAGGAUCUCAGAGUGAAUCCCUCGACUGCUAUGUAAGGGCAGUACAGAUGGCAUACAAAUGGAAAUGGAGGCUAGUGGGCACUCCCGAACAGGCUAUGGCGAUCAACAAGAUCAAACCACAGCCAGAUUCAGUGGAAGACAGCAUAGAUCUUCGUGUUCAGGAGGAGUAUCCCCACAGUAGACCUGUUGAGACUCUAUCUGAGAUUGGGAAAACAAUGGAAGUCUAUGUUGAUGAUAUGCUUAUCAAGUCGCGUGUCACUUCAGAUCACAUAAUCAAUCUCAUAGAGAUAUUCGAUGUACUCCAAAGAUAUAAAAUGAAGCUUAAUCCUCUUAAGUGUUCAUUUGAAGUAUUCUCAGGGAAAAACGUGGGCGGCUCUGACAACAUUUCAGAGAACGAUAAAGAAAUUUUGGACUGGAAAAAAAGAUUCAAUAUUGCGGUGGGCACAGCAAAAGGAUUGGCUCAUCUGCAUGAUGUCUCUGGUAAGCCCAGGAUCGUGCAUCGUGAUGUCAAGUCAGCUAACAUUCUUUUGGAUGAAAAUUGGAAAGUCAAGGUGGCAGAUUUUGGACUUGCUAGGUCCAUUUCAGUUGAUAAAACUCAUAUCAGCACUGAAGUUAAGGGCACUUUUGGUUACAUAGAUCCAGAUUAUUUCUACUCCGGGAAUAAGUUAAAUGAGAAGGCAGAUGUCUACUCCUUUGGAAUGCUGCUUCUGGAGUUGAUUACUGGGUGCCUACCUACGAAUAAAAUUCAGCCCUCUGAUUCUGAAAACUUGGCUCUCAAGGCAAAAACGAUGCUCAGAAGAGCUGUGAAAGACAACAAAAUAAACGUUGUUUAUACCGAUCCAAAGUUAGAGAAGAAAUUCGACAACGGGGAAAUGUUUCGGAUGGUUCAUUGUGCUGGUGCCUGUUUAUGUUAUUCAGCAAAGGAUCGGCCGCGGAUGAGCCAGAUACUUGAAGCUCUGGAAGGAAAACUGGAUGUUCAGGAUUUGACAGAAUCUAUCAAAACAACGUUACCUGAAGAAUAUAUCUUACGGCAUAACAUGAAACUCUUGGAGAUGUUAGAAGCAAUCGAAGAGCAGGAUCCAGCUAGCUCGAGCGGUAUUGAAGGCCAUAAAACGUAGAUAAACUUACAGUCAAAAUUUGGCCGUCGUCAACUAUCAAAUAGAUCUGGUCAUCAACGAUCAUAUCUCUAGUUGUAGAUCAGGUCGUUUUUGGCUAGAUUCGUGGUGGAUUGGAUUAGAAAUGAUAAGAUCGGAUUUGACCGAUCGUGCGUUGUUCUAAUGUCGAUAGUCGGUGGUGGUUGCUAGUGGCCGAGAUUUAUAAACUUUUAUUGUAAAAUGUAAUUGUUUUUAAUUGAAUAGAGUUGGAAAAAUGUUAGAAUAAGACAACAAAAAAUUGAAACAAACAGGGCGAUAUUAUUAAUUCAUCUGGA